AUGCAGUUUUUCGGUAAAGAUUUCGGUUCGACGGUGACGGGCUCUCAGCUGUACGGGAGCGAUGAGGCCGCGGAGAAAAGGCUCAGGUCGAUGUCGGGCGGCAAGCUGAAAACUGAGUACUUAGGCGGUGAUCAGUAUCCGUCGCGGUUGUCUUUCGCGGAGAAGAUCCGGAAGAUGUUCACCCGGACACCGGUAGCCGACCAACAGCACUGGUUUAAUCAAGCGGUGACCGUUGGCCAACCGCCGAGGUCGGUGUUCGCGGACGUUUACGGGGCCCUGCGCACCCAGUGGGCAGUGGCAAAUCCGCUGUUGGGCGAGGACCCGCUGCUGUUUGCCAUGAACACGUUAUGGGUGCGUGAGCACAACCGCGUGUGCGACUUACUGACGACCCGUUGGCCCGAAUGGACGGACGAUCAGCUGUACGCGGUCGCCAGGAGGACGGUGGUCGCACAGAUGAUGGCCAUCAUGAUGAAUGAGGUGUUGCCCGCGGCCAAUCCGUUCACAUUGAAAUACGACCCAGAGUCGUACCGCGACGUACUUCUGAACACCAGUACCACUGCUAAAACGCCGUUGGAGUUGUUGUUGACGACGUUCUUACCGUCCGGUCUACCCGACGGUUUAGAUGACACUAGGCAAAUAUUAGUGAGUGGUAUGACUGAAACGGUUAGAUUCAUGGUCGAUCAAAAAAUGGGAUCGUUGACUAGCAACAAUGACGGCGAUGCGACGAUGCCGCUAACAAAAUUACUGAUCAAAUUAUCCCGGGAAAAUAGGAUAAAAGGUUUUAACGAUUAUCGAAGACAUUUCGGAUUACGAGCCUACAAAAGCUUCUACGAGCUGACCGAAAACCACGAAACGGCCAAUAAGUUGGUAUCGUUGUACGGAGAUGUCGAUAACGUAGAGCUGUUGACUGGAAUGUUGAUGGAAAAGAAAAGUGACAAUGUAGCUCCCACGUUCACGGUCAUGAUCAAUAGUUUUAUAGUUAAUUCGAUCAUCAUAAAUCCUCUGGGUAGUAAAGACUUAUGGAAUGCAGAUACGUUCGGAGGGGAAUACGGCUUUGACUUAAAGACGAACCCUCUACCGAAAUUACCUAUAACAAAAGCAUAUCCAGCUGGUCGAGUACCUAUCAUUAAGAAGAAACUCGAAGAUGUAGAAAUGCUUAUUCAAUACGUUGUUGAGCAUGAAGACUUUGAUCAAGCGAUUUUGUCCUGGCCAACAUCAGAGGUUCAACUUAAUGAAAUAUCAGAUUACUACGAAGAUUAA